GACGCUCCUUCCGGGUCCUGAACUGAAGCGGGAAAGUGUCUCCAGACCUUCGACGUUUCCUCCAAACAUCUCCGCCUCCUGACCGCGUCACGCGGGCAUUUUACAAUCAAUCGAAACCAUUUUUUAUCGAUAGUGAUCGGUAGAGUCCAGAGACAGAUUCCGCCUGUUGGCGCCGCUUCCGCUUCUGCGCAGAAGCGUCCCGCCGUCGAACUGCGGCGCUGAAGAGGAGCCGCCAGUGCGCAUGCGCGGAUUUGAAGCCGCUCGUAAAUCGUCAUUUGUGACGCAUUAUUACGCAGCAAUAACACGCAGCACGUAAUACGACGUCCAAAAUAUGACAUCAGAACGACUCUUAUCUAUGAAAUAUUAUGUCAUAUUCCAGAUUAACUAUCGACAUGAGGCUGUAUGACAUCAUCACCAGACCCCUGAAAAACCCUUGAGCUUCAACGGACUAACUAUCGAAGCAACACAAACAGCAGAAGCUGAAAACUUUAACCCACAGCAGAAGCUGAAAACUUUAACCCCACGCAAGUAAAACUACCAAAACAACAUUUGAAAAUGUCUGUCAAUGAUGUGUUGAUCAGUCAGAUUGAAACCAUUGGUAACAAUCUGUCCGACAUGAAGGACUUGAAGACCACCCACAAGAGUCUGAAGAAGCAGAGAAAAGCUGCUGCUCAGAAAAACAAGGAGCUGGUCAAAACUCUGAAGACUUUGAACAAAGAAGUCCAAAAACAGAGGAAAAUCCAGGAGAAGUGUGACGCAGAAAAACAGAUAAUCAAUGAUUUCUCUGAAAGCUUCAGAGAAAUCAGAGAGGAAAUGGUCACUCUGGAAUCCAAACGUUGGAUCCCAGAAGAGCUGAAACUGGAGCACGAAAGGGUGAAAAACCAAAGAAAAAACAUGGAAAAGAUUUCUGCAGUCCUAAAAAAUGAGCUGCAGAAGUUACAAAGGAAAGUCGCCCGCCAAACACACCUGGAAAUCGAUUAUAAACUAGAGUUUAAUCAUUUCCACGCCUUGGAAGAGGAGACAAGAGAUCUCAAAGAGAAAGUCAUGGAGCUGCAGAAAGAAAUCUCCGAACGAGACCAGAUGAGAGAAGAGUACCCCACAAUGGUUAAAGAAAAAUACCGUUUGGAGGAACUCAAAAAAGAGUUGCAGUCGGAAAUUUCAGAGCUGGAAGAGCAACCGAACGGUGCAGAGGAACUCACCGCCCUGCAUCACUAUCUUUCCAAACAGCUGCAGGAACUCAGAGAAGAAACUCAAGAGCUGCAGAAAAGACGAGAUGAAGUCGGAAAGUCUCUUCAGGAAGUAAAAGAAGUGGAGUCUGCAUGUGAAAUGCUCAAGGCAAAAACAAAGAAAGCAGUUCAGAUGAACUCUGAUCUCUCAAAGGAAAUCAGAAAACUGCAAGAUGAAAUCAGUAGUUUUCAUGAUUUGAAGGACAGACUCAUCGCUGCCAAAGAGGAAAGUGACAGAAAGAAGGAGGAAACGGUCUCUCUUCAAAGAAAAAUCAGAGAUUUAAACAUCCAGAUUCAAGAUUUCCAGCAACAAACUGGCAUUCUUAGUCAGGAACUUAAAAAUCUGCAAAACCAAAGUCAGACGAGAGACCAAAUGAAGGAGAGCUAUUCCACAAUGAUGGAUGACAUCUUCCGCAUGCAGAACCUCCAGUUAAGUCUGGAAUCUGAGAUCACAGAUCUAAAAGUUCAAGAAAUUGAAGCUAAGGAAUGGAUCGAAGAGUACGACCAGCAGAAGGCUAAAGCAGAUCUCCUUAAAAAGGAGACCCAAGACCUCCAGAAAACUAAGGAGGAUCUGACCAAGUCCAUCAACCACCUGAAAGAUCUGGAAUCUGCAUGUCAGGACAUAAAAGCAGAAAAAGAGACAACGGUCAGAAGAAACAUGGAUCUCACCUUGACAGUCACCAAACUCCAAGAAGAAAUCAAUGGUUUUGAUGAUGUGCAGGGCAAAAUGAGUGCAGCACAGUUGGAAUGUGAUGCUGUUAAGAAAGACACCAAACAUCUUGAGCAGACAAUCCAAGGUUUACAAGAUCAGAUUAAAAAUUUCCAGCAGAAAACGGACAUUCUUAAUCUGGAACUUGAAAACCUGAGAAAUCAACGUCAGACAAGAGACCAAAUGAGGGAGAACUAUUCCACAAUGAAGGAUGACAUCUUCCGCAUGCAGAACCUCCAGGUGGAUCUGGAAACUGAAGUCAAAUGUCUAAAAAUUAAGGAAAUUGAAGCUCAAGAAUGGGUUAAACAGUUCAACCAGCAGAAGGCUAAAGCAGAUCUCCUUAGAAAGGAGACCCAAGACCUCCAGAAAACUAAGGAGGAUCUGACAGAGUCCAUCAACAGCCUUUGCUUGAUCCAAGAAAAAGAGGAAACAGCGACCACAACAAGCCUCCAGGAGAUUUCAUCUGCUCCUUCAGAACUUGAAAAUAGUUUUGUCAAAGAAGCGGAAGAUACCGGGAACACGGAAGAAAAAGUCUCCGUCAAAGACGUUCAAGUGGUGGAAAAUUCUGACUCCUCAUUGGCUGAUAAGGAGGAUGAGAAGGAUGAGGAGAAAGUCACUUUAGUUGAAGACUUCUGGAGUGACAUUUCAGAUGAUGAGGAGGUUGAAGAGGUUGAUUCUGAUGAAGAGACCCAGGAAUCUUCAGAUGAUGAAGAGGAUGAAGAGGUUGAUUCUGAUGAAGAGACCCAGGAAUCUUCAGAUGAUGAAGAGGAUGAAGAGGUUGAUUCUGAUGAAGAGACCCAGGAAUCUUCAGAUGAUGAAGAGGAUGAAGAGGUUGAUUCUGAUGAAGAGACCCAGGAAUCUUCAGAUGAUGAAGAGGAUGAAGAGGUUGAUUCUGAUGAAGAGGCCCAGGAAUCUUCAGAGGAUGAAGAGGUUGAUUCUGAUGAAGAGGUCCAGGAAUCUUCAGAGGAUGAAGAGGUUGAAGAGGUUGAUUCUGAUGAAGAGCCCCAGGAAUCUCCAGAUAAUAAGGGAGAUGAAGAGGUUGAUUCUGAUGAAAAGACCAAGAAUCCUUCAGCUGACGAGGAGGAUGAGAAGGAUGAGGAGAAAGUCACUUUAGUUGAAGACUUCUGGAGUGACAUUUCAGAUGAUGAGGAGGUUGAAGAGGUUGAUUCUGAUGAAGAGACCCAGGAAUCCUCAGAUGAUGAAGAGGAUGAAGAGGUUGAUUCUGAUGAAGAGACCCAGGAAUCUUCAGAUGAUGAAGAGGAUGAAGAGGUUGAUUCUGAUGAAGAGACCCAGGAAUCUUCAGAUGAUGAAGAGGAUGAAGAGGUUGAUUCUGAUGAAGAGACCCAGGAAUCUUCAGAUGAUGAAGAGGAUGAAGAGGUUGAUUCUGAUGAAGAGACCCAGGAAUCUUCAGAUGAUGAAGAGGAUGAAGAGGUUGAUUCUGAUGAAGAGACCCAGGAAUCUUCAGAUGAUGAAGAGGAUGAAGAGGUUGAUUCUGAUGAAGAGACCCAGGAAUCUUCAGAUGAUGAAGAGGAUGAAGAGGUUGAUUCUGAUGAAGAGACCCAGGAAUCUUCAGAUGAUGAAGAGGAUGAAGAGGUUGAUUCUGAUGAAGAGACCCAGGAAUCUUCAGAUGAUGAAGAGGAUGAAGAGGUUGAUUCUGAUGAAGAGACCCAGGAAUCUUCAGAUGAUGAAGAGGAUGAAGAGGUUGAUUCUGAUGAAGAGACCCAGGAAUCUUCAGAUGAUGAAGAGGAUGAAGAGGUUGAUUCUGAUGAAGAGACCCAGGAAUCUUCAGAUGAUGAAGAGGAUGAAGAGGUUGAUUCUGAUGAAGAGACCCAGGAAUCUUCAGAUGAUGAAGAGGAUGAAGAGGUUGAUUCUGAUGAAGAGACCCAGGAAUCUUCAGAUGAUGAAGAGGAUGAAGAGGUUGAUUCUGAUGAAGAGACCCAGGAAUCUUCAGAUGAUGAAGAGGAUGAAGAGGUUGAUUCUGAUGAAGAGGCCCAGGAAUCUUCAGAGGAUGAAGAGGUUGAUUCUGAUGAAGAGGUCCAGGAAUCUUCAGAGGAUGAAGAGGUUGAAGAGGUUGAUUCUGAUGAAGAGCCCCAGGAAUCUCCAGAUAAUAAGGGAGAUGAAGAGGUUGAUUCUGAUGAAAAGACCAAGAAUCCUUCAGAUGACGAGGAGGAUGAGAAGGAUGAGGAGAAAGUCACUUUAGUUGAAGACUUCUGGAGUGACAUUUCAGAUGAUGAGGAGGUUGAAGAGGUUGAUUCUGAUGAAGAGGCCCAGGAAUCUUCAGAGGAUGAAGAGGUUGAUUCUGAUGAAGAGGUCCAGGAAUCUUCAGAGGAUGAAGAGGUUGAAGAGGUUGAUUCUGAUGAAGAGCCCCAGGAAUCUCCAGAUAAUAAGGGAGAUGAAGAGGUUGAUUCUGAUGAAAAGACCAAGAAUCCUUCAGCUGACGAGGAGGAUGAGAAGGAUGAGGAGAAAGUCACUUUAGUUGAAGACUUCUGGAGUGACAUUUCAGAUGAUGAGGAGGUUGAAGAGGUUGAUUCUGAUGAAGAGACCCAGGAAUCUUCAGAUGAUGAAGAGGAUGAAGAGGUUGAUUCUGAUGAAGAGGCCCAGGAAUCUUCAGAGGAUGAAGAGGUUGAUUCUGAUGAAGAGGUCCAGGAAUCUUCAGAGGAUGAAGAGGUUGAAGAGGUUGAUUCUGAUGAAGAGCCCCAGGAAUCUCCAGAUAAUAAGGGAGAUGAAGAGGUUGAUUCUGAUGAAAAGACCAAGAAUCCUUCAGCUGACGAGGAGGAGGAGAAGGAUGAGGAGAAAGUCACUUUAGUUGAAGACUUCUGGAGUGACAUUUCAGAUGAUGAGGAGGUUGAAGAGGUUGAUUCUGAUGAAGAGACCCAGGAAUCCUCAGAUGAUGAAGAGGAUGAAGAGGUUGAUUCUGAUGAAGAGACCCAGGAAUCUUCAGAUGAUGAAGAGGAUGAAGAGGUUGAUUCUGAUGAAGAGACCCAGGAAUCUUCAGAUGAUGAAGAGGAUGAAGAGGUUGAUUCUGAUGAAGAGACCCAGGAAUCUUCAGAUGAUGAGGAGGAUGAAGAGGUUGAUUCUGAUGAAGAGACCCAGGAAUCUUCAGAAGAUGAAGAGGAUGAAGAGGUUGAUUCUGAUGAAGAGGCCCAGGAAUCUUCAGAGGAUGAAGAGGUUGAUUCUGAUGAAGAGGUCCAGGAAUCUUCAGAGGAUGAAGAGGUUGAAGAGGUUGAUUCUGAUGAAGAGCCCCAGGAAUCUCCAGAUAAUAAGGGAGAUGAAGAGGUUGAUUCUGAUGAAAAGACCAAGAAUCCUUCAGCUGACGAGGAGGAUGAGAAGGAUGAGGAGAAAGUCACUUUAGUUGAAGACUUCUGGAGUGACAUUUCAGAUGAUGAGGAGGUUGAAGAGGUUGAUUCUGAUGAAGAGACCCAGGAAUCCUCAGAUGAUGAAGAGGAUGAAGAGGUUGAUUCUGAUGAAGAGACCCAGGAAUCUUCAGAUGAUGAAGAGGAUGAAGAGGUUGAUUCUGAUGAAGAGACCCAGGAAUCUUCAGAUGAUGAAGAGGAUGAAGAGGUUGAUUCUGAUGAAGAGACCCAGGAAUCUUCAGAUGAUGAGGAGGAUGAAGAGGUUGAUUCUGAUGAAGAGACCCAGGAAUCUUCAGAGGAUGAAGAGGUUGAUUCUGAUGAAGAGGCCCAGGAAUCUUCAGAGGAUGAAGAGGUUGAAGAGGUUGAUUCUGAUGAAGAGCCCCAGGAAUCUCCAGAUAAUAAGGGAGAUGAAGAGGUUGAUUCUGAUGAAAAGACCAAGAAUCCUUCAGCUGACGAGGAGGAUGAGAAGGAUGAGGAGAAAGUCACUUUAGUUGAAGACUUCUGGAGUGACAUUUCAGAUGAUGAGGAGGUUGAAGAGGUUGAAAAGGCUGAUUCUGAUGAAGAGAUUCUGUCCUUGAACCCCCAAAAAGAAUCAGACCUCCUCAAAGAGCUCAAGGAUGUGAAAGGUUCUGAUAUCUUGAAGACCUUGGGACAGUUGUGGAAGAGACCAAGCCAAGAGGCAGAGAAAGCUAGGAAAGGUUGGUCUAGUUUCUCAACUAAAACCAGUAGGAAAAAUCUUUAGUUAGAAAAAGAUAAAAUUAGAAAAGUAGGAAAAAACUUUAGUUAGAAAAAGAUAAAAUUAGAAAAGUAGGAAAAAACUUUAGUUA